UUACGGGCUUGAGAUGUACCGGAGAAGAAGAAGUUAGAGCCCGUAUUAUACGAAAUAAAAGGUUAUUGGAUUUAUAUUUUGGAGGUAAAGGGCCAGUUACACCACCACAGUUAGAGGACGCAUUUAGGAGAUGCGAUCACAUGUUAGACAAGUUGAAGUUAGGAUUGGUGUAUAUACUGGAGAGUAUAUUGAGGUGUCGACAUCGUAAGACGUCGAUCGAUCUUUUUUCAUUGGAUGUUGUUGAUGAUAUCGAUACUUUCAACAGCUUUCCAUGGGGUCGGAGAUGUUACACCGAUACUCUUUAUGUAUUCAAAAGGGUACAUACUAUGCCGAAAUCGGAGAGGGGCGAUCACAAAUAUGAUGUAUAUGGCUUUUGCAUGGCUUUGCAGUUGUGGGCAUAUGAGGCUAUCCCUGCUUUGGGUAGCAAAUGGGCGAUCAGAAGGGAGACCAGUUGCCCACGAAUGCUUCAUUGGUGAGCACAUGAAAAGCCAUCGGCUAAAGAUUUGACAGUUAUCCUCGACGAUCCUCAACUCGAAGUUCAUGCUGAGUUGGUUGUUUUGAUGGAAGAGGAAGAUGCAAUAUAUGUACAUGAAUUACUUGUUCCAUCUACUGAAGACGAUCCAAUAUUUGAGUCCGUUCCGGAUAGAAAUAUAGAGCGUCAUCCGGAACUUCCACUUAGGAGAUCUCCUUCGCCUCCACCGAUGAGAUCUCCGUCGCCUCCACCGAUAAGAUCACCUCUACCGCCAUUAUCUCAUUCUUCGAGGAUAUCUCCGUCUCCCGUACCCACCCACGUCCCACGUGGAUUGUCUACACCCAGUCAGACCCGUCGUUCAGAUGAUUUCUUUGCACGCAUGACCGUCAUUAUUAGAGAGGAACUGGGAACGAUGCGACGUGAUUUUAUGACAGAGGUAGUCGCACUACGAGAGGAGAUAGGGGUGUUGCAACGGGAUUUUACGACAGAGAUCGUCGCAGUACGAGAGGAGAUAGGGGUGCUGCGACGAGAUUUUACGACAGAUGUAGUAACUUUGCGAGAUGAGAUUGGAGUGCUGUGACGAGAUAUAGGAGACCUUCAUACUGAGGUUGCAGCACUUCGAGGCGAUGUAGCAGGCGUCCGAGGGAAUGUCGGGGAGACUGGUGUUCCUCGAGAUUGG